CACAGAACUGUGUUCUUCUUAACCUUCAUUUUACUAAUACAGGAGAAACCAGACAAUGUGUCUCAACUACACUAUGAUAUCUCUUGUUAAGCCACGGUAGUAUUUUUUGGCUCUCUUACUAUGUUUUCUAACACCAUGGCUUAACAAGGGAUGUCAUAGUGUAGUUGACUACAUGCUUAACUGAUAGGCCUGUGCUUAUUGGUUAAUCCCAUCAACUACAGGUGCUCCCCACACUUUCUGCUUCUGCCUGACCAAAGGCCUAUAUAUUUCCCCUGUUAUGCAAUUCAGGAAGGGUAUCAUGUUUGUAAAUAGCUACUUAAUUAUUUUGUUGCCAAAAUUUGAAAAGGGAUUUUUGCAUUUACUACUUUGAAUUGAGUGGCAACUGCAGUUUGUUAGGCUAAAAUGUUAGGGAGCAGUUAUAGUGAUACAGAGGGAGUGACGUAUAUAGUAUGUACUCUGUGUGGAAUGCAUUUUGUUUUGAAAAAUGAGCAGUGUUUCAGAAAAUUGAAAAGUUGUGUCUUGGUUAGUAUUGUCCUGUGGAGCCUUCACAAAGGGAUUUGUUCCACCUCAAAGUAUAUUUGAGUUUUCUAGCAGGCAUUAAAUCAGAAAUGGGAAUAAUGACACUAGUGAGGCAGAGUCACUGAGUGGCAGCCUCUAUGUGAGGGGAGAUUAGCCUCAGGGUGAUGUUCCUCUGUAGGACACAUCAGCUGUAAAUUUUUGGGUUAAAUCUUUGGACUGCUGGCAUGUAAUAAAUGCCUGGUAAUUGAUUGAGAUGUUAAAGACUUAAGUACCAGGUCACAUGACUCCUCCAGACUGCUAAUAAAGGACUCCUUGGAAUCAGAUUUCAACUGCAGGGGCUGAUCCCAGCCAUGUGUAUUGAGUCUAAGAAGAAAAAGCUAACUUCUCAGUGAUUCAUCCAAUAAAAUAAGAAUUCUUUAGCAAUUUUUUAAUAUUUUUGUCUGUCUUCCUGGACUUAAAGGCUUUCAUGGCAUGAAAUCUUAGUAGCCUUCUGUACUCUGCUUAAUGCUUUCAUCUCAUCUUCAUCGUCCAGACACUUCCUGAAAGAAUGGGGGCAGGCGCAUUAGCCAUCUGUCAAAGCAAAGCAGCAGUGAGGCUGAAAGAGGACAUGAAAAAGAUAGCAGCCCCGCCAGUGAACAAUCCAAGAGACCAUACCUGUCAGAAGGUGUUCGCUGUGAGUCUCCAGGACCUCCAGCAGCAAGGACUUACCAAGAAUGGCCUCCCAGCAAUCGUGUGGGAUAUAGUAGAAUAUUUGAUCCAGCACGGGCUGACACAGGAAGGUCUCUUCAGGGUGAAUGGUAACAUGAAAAUGGUGGAUCAAUUGCGUCUGAAAUAUGACCGAGGGGAGGAAGUGGAGCUGGCUAAAGAUGCUGAUGUGUGCUCAGUAGCUAGUCUUCUGAAACUGUUUCUGAGGGAGCUGCCAGAUGGAGUGAUCACUUCUGCUUCACAUCCCAGAUUUAUACAACUUUACCAGGACACUAGAAAUGAUGCUGAGAAAGAGAACAGCUUGAAAGAACUUAUACAAGAGCUGCCUGAUGCCAACUACUCCCUGCUGAAGUACCUGUGCUGGUUCUUGACCCAAGUUGCUGAGCACCACGUGGAGAACAGAAUGAACAUUUCCAAUCUGGCCACUAUUUUUGGACCAAGUUGUUUUCAUGUGCCUUCUGGAUUUGAGGGUAUGAAAGAACAGGAAAUCUGCAACAAAAUAAUGGCCAAAAUGCUGGAAAAUUAUAAUACCUUGUUUGAGCUGGAGCACACAAAGAAGGAUGAUGAAAAUCAUGCAUGUGAAGAGCUAGCAAGAAUUAUGUUAGUGAAAGCCACCUGUGAGCAGUCCCUGCCAAUCAGUCUGACAAGAACUUUAGAAAGAGAGGCACCGAAGUCAAUGCCACAAAGCAAGAUUGCAAAGUCCACG